AUGGCUAUAGUUGAUAGUCUAUUUGUGAAUGGCAGUAAUAGAUACUCCUCCUGUGACUUGGACUUGAAAAGGAGCAUUUUCUGCUGGGACCCACCUCGUCCUUCCAAAGUAGAUUGGCAGCCAGCGGUGCAGAUUCUCUUAUAUUCCCUGAUAUUCCUGCUCAGUAUCCUGGGGAACACCUUGGUGAUCACUGUGCUGAUCCGAAACAAGAGGAAUGAGGACGUCACUAACAUAUUUUUGCUCUCCCUGGCAAUCAGCGAUAUCAUGCUCUGUCUCUUCUGUAGGCCAUUCAUCUCAAUUCCUAACCUACUCAAGGAUUAUUUUGGGAGUGCUGUCUGCAAGACCACCACUUAUUUCAUGGGCAUCUCCGUCAGUGUAUCCACUUUCAAUCUCGUUGCCAUAUCUCUAGAGAGAUACAGUGCAAUUUGCAAGCCCCUGCAGUCAAGGGUCUGGCAGACGAAGUCCCAUGCAUUGAAGGUGAUUACUGCUACUUGGUGUCUCUCCUUUACUAUCAUGUCACCAUAUCCGAUUACAGCAACUUGGUUUCCCUUUACCAACUAUAACAACCAGACGGCUAUCUAUGGUCGUUUUCUGUUGCCAAGUGAUGUUAUGCAACAGUCCUGGCAAACCUUCCUGUUACUCAUCCUCUUUCUUAUUCCUGGAAUUGUGAUGAUGGUAGCAUAUGGAUUAAUCUCUUUGGAACUAUACCGAGGAAUAAAGUUUGAUGCCAGCCAGAGGAAAUCUUCUAGAGAAAGGAAGUCCAGCACGGGCAGCAGCAGCAGAUACGAAGAUGGCGAUGGCUGCUACCUGCAGAAAUCCAAGAAGAGGAAGAGGCUAGAGCUACAACAGCUGUCCACAAGCAGCAGUGUCAAGAUUGACCGAGCUCGGAGCAGCAGCUCAGCGGCCAACCUGAUGGCCAAGAAGCGAGUGAUCCGGAUGCUGAUUGUCAUCGUGAUCUUGUUCUUUCUCUGUUGGAUGCCCAUCUUCAGCGCCAAUGCCUGGAGGGCCUAUGACACUGCCUCUGCUGAGAUGCUCCUCUCUGGAGCGCCCAUCUCCUUCAUCCUCCUGCUCUCUUACACCUCUGCCUGCGUGAACCCCAUCAUCUACUGCUUCAUGAACAAACGCUUCCGCCUGGGCUUCUUGUCUACCUUUGCCUGUUGCCCUCAUUCAAACCCUCCAGGAGUGAGAGGAGAAGCGGGUGAAGAGGAAGAUGGAAGAACCACCGGGGCAUCUCUGACCAGGUACUCAUACAGCCACAUGAGUGUCUCUGCCCCUCCCACAUGAGCUGCUCCCAGGUUCCCAACAAAGGAAGAGGAAAAAGAAAGAGGGUUGUAUUUGCAGUGGAAACCCACCAGUCAGCAGAUCUCGUCAAGGAUCCCGAGAGGGUCUACCACUUGGUUGGCCACGUUACUUGUUUUUGAAGACAGUUUGAAGGCAAAGGAUUGCUUCAGCUAAAACUACCAAUGGAAAAGGAAGAAAAUGCAUUGAUGAGAAAUCAGACUUGAACUUGUUUGGCAUGUUUGCUGCUGCCAGUUCCAAAUAUAGAAAGGAGAUAUGGAACCUACUUGUCCCUUGAAGGGCUCUCUAUGUGUUAAAAGCUCCAUGCAGUAUGUCCUGUCUUUGUAUCCUGUGCUUUAUCCCUUUCUUCUAAUGUAAAGUUAUAGAAUUCCUGGAAAUAUAUACUAAGGUCAUUUAUAUACCAUCCUCACCUUGCCUCCAGCUUACUGUGAAGCAGUAUUGAUAACCACCACAGGGACUUCAAAGAAGAAGUUCUCUGGGUCAUUUCCUGUCCUGUGUGAUUGCUAUCCUGUGUCUGUGCUAUUUUGAAAGCCGAAGGAACAUUGUCUAUGAAACAGAGUUGUAGAACUUACUGAAAAAUGAGAGAGAGAGAGAGAGAGA